ACGGAGGUGGCAACUGGAGCGGUCCCGGUGGCGAAGGCAACGGAGGUCCGGGCAAUGGUGGCAAUGGAGGAGGGAACGGAUGGAACUCGGGCGGGGGCAGCGGAGGUGGUGGCUAUCGAAGCAACGGUAAAUGUGGAGGCAGGUUGGAAUGGUGGAAACGGCAAUGGGGGUAACUGGGGUAACGGUAACGACGGUAAUAAUGGCAGGAACUGGAACGGGGGCAAUGGGGGGGUAACUGGAAUGGAAGUAGGCGGAACGGUAAUGGAGGAAACAGGAACAACAACGGAGGCAGGAACAAUGGGAAUGGAGGCAAUGGGGGCGACUGGAGAAGAUCAGCAAAAUGUUAUAAUUGCAAUCAAUUCGGCCAUAUCGCCAAGGAGUGCAACGCACCUCGGCAAUAUGGUUGGGGGGGGGGAACAAUGGGAAUAACAAUGGUCAGAAUGGUAAUGGGGGCAAUUGGGGUAACGGGGUUGGGAGACAACCUAACAAAUUAGUAACAAUGGC